AUUAAACUAUUAUUUUCCCGGCUGCAAGGCUAAAUCGAAGCAGUAUUUUACGCAUUAAAUUCAAACAUAAAAUGCUCUUUGCAGAAAUACGUAAAGAAAACGUCAGUGUUUAAGUACCAGUGUUGUUGCUUAGUAAACAUUAAUUUUCCACCAAUAGCAAUAUUUAUUUCAUAGUUGUAGAGGCCAAUAGAAAUUGAGAACGUUGCCAAGCCUGGAGCUUUCGCCCCUACGGUGUUGUAUGCUUUCUGCCAUUUCAACGAAUUUCCUUUGCUCGGCGGCUGUGUACAGGUUUACUUGGAAGGUAGAUUGAUAAGUUCUUCACCACCUGAAAGCAAACGUUUUCGAAGUCGUCAUGUCUGAAGGCUACUUCUGGGGCGCGAGUCUGACUGCAGACAAGAAUACCAUCACGUGGGACCCAGAGGAACCUUCCAAAGAUGGGCAGCCAGACUUCUCGCGAGGCCAUUCGCUUACAAUCAAACAGGCGAUGCUGGGCAAGGAGGCCAAGAGCGGGGAGCUGAACGUGGUGCAGGCAGAGACGGUGGGCUACAACGGGGACGUGAAGAUCCCCCUGUUCUCGCUGGAGGCGGGCGCGUUGCGACAGUGCAUGCUGGACCUGAGCUUCCCCGACGCCCCCGUGGUGCUGAAGCUGGCGGAGGGCAGCGGCCCCGUGCACCUCAGCGGCUACCACAGCAUAGCCUCCGUGAUGGACGAGCAGACUGAUGACGAACUCGAGGAUGAAGGAGAGGAAGAAAUGGUAGAUGAGGUAUACGAUGAUGAAGCUCUAGCAAAUGGGGAUAAGGCUGACGCAAAGAAGAGAAAACUUGGCAAUCCGGACAGGUCAAAAACCAAAAAGUCAAAGAUGGAGGAAGAUUACGAGGACGAAGAGGAUGAGGACGACGACUCUCCGAGGAAGGGCAAGGCGGUCCCUCCCAAGGCCAAGAAGCCAAAGCCCACUCCAAAGAAGACAUAAUGUGUGUACAACUUUAUACUGACUUUCUGUAUCACAUUCGUUCCUUUGUGUUCAAUUUUUUUUUUUUUUUUUUUUAAACAGAACAAACUGGUAAUUCUGACAGUGCGGUAGUGGUAGUGCAGUUCUAAUUUGCAUCGUUGGGACCAGACACAUGUUUGUUGGAGAAGUGGAAGAGGAAUGUUUUUUCGAGAUUAGUUGAUUCAUUCUUGUCGCAGUGUUUCUUGUCAGUACCACAUUGUGUUUUUUAUUGGUUUUUUUUAUGCUCUCAUCAUUUGAGUAGUCUUCAAUCAUGUCGUGUAUACCAUUGCAAUAAAUAAAUUUUGAAAUAUUUUA